GAAAAAAAAAAAACCCUCUAGGGUUUAAGCUGGAGAAGGGAAAAUAGAGCUUAUAAUCAAUGGCGUCUUCACUCUCAGGAAAACUCGGUGGUGCAAUUUUCUCAAGCCCAAGAGCAAAACUCUCAGCUUUUCACUUUUUCUGUACCAAAAGUCUAAUUUCUGAACAAUCCGAAUCCGAUGGCGAGAUUGCCCAUCCCUCUUCAAGUAAGCAGCGGCCUAAUGCCGAUAGACCCCUCGAGAAUGGGUUGGAUGUAGGCAUUUACAAGGCAAUAUUGGUGGGUCAAGUGGGGCAGACUCCUAUACAGAAGAGAUUGAAGAGUGGACAUACGGUGACUCUGCUUUCACUUGGUACUGGGGGCAUCCGAAACAACAGGAGGCCUUUGGAUAACGAGGAACCCAGGGAUUAUGCAAAUAGAUGCGAGGUUCAGUGGCAUAGGGUCUCAGUUUAUCCUGAGAGGCUGGGGGAACUUGCCAUGAAAAAUCUUAUUCCAGGCUCGAUCCUGUAUGUGGAGGGGAAUCUGGAGACAAAAAUCUUCAAUGAUCCCAUAACUGGUCUUGUUAGGCGAAUACGAGAGAUUGCAAUACGUCGGAAUGAUCAAUUUCCUAUUGCUUGGCCUUUUCUAUGGAUGUUCCUUAUGAAGCUUUCCUUAUGGAGCCUUGUUAGGCUCUGGAAUACUACUUAAUAAUUGCAACUUCAAUCACUUUAAGCUUUUGCUUAAAUUUCAUUCUUCCAUAUUUCUCAGGCUUUUAUCUUUUCAUUUUGCCUUCAAUAAUUGUGUUCUCCGAUGUCAGCUUGAAUGCCAUUAGCCAGCACAAACAAUAAAACUUAGCUAUAUAAACGUCUGAAAAGCUUGGAAUUCUAGUUCAGGCAUAUUAGGUGCUUCAUCACUUUCACCAUCCUGUAUACCUUUAGUGUAAAGAGUAUUUUUAUAACACACUUGUACGAUGCUUUUUAUUGGGGGGUUGUCAAGGAUUUUUCAGAGACAUCAGGUAGUAAAGGGUUUGACUCCCUUUAAAAAGAUUUGUUGCUAUUGAGAAUAAAACUGCCAGAGACUUCUGGGAACAGAGUAAUGGAAGUUAUGGAGAAAAAUAUAUGCCAGUCCCUGACUUGUGGGAACUGUUCUCUAGAGUUAUCUGCGUGGAAUUCCAUGUUUAUGUUACAAUGUGCAUGUUUUGCAAAGCUUAUGGUUGCUUAUAA